AUUCCGAUGUUAUGGAUACAAGAAGCAAAGGCCAUACAUGCUCACUCGAUUAAAGACUAUGCUACUGAGGCUGACUGGUACUUCAAGGCAAACGAAUUUAAGAAAGCAAAGUAUGCUAUCCUCAACAAUCUUGUCCCCACCACUCUUCUAUCCAAAAACGACGAUCUGGGUAUACGAUAUCUCUUAAAACUUGAUCAAUCAGGACAAGAUGGGGAUGGACUUAUUAUUCUCAGCACAUACCAAUCACUGAAGCAACUCUCCCAAAAAGUUACAUUUGCAAUCGGAAAUCCAGUGGCUACAAACUUAGUUCAACAUGAAAUCCAGACAAGACUAAAUGAUCUAAAAGAACUUAAAGAUCGCUAUACACAUUCACCUGAUCUAUUAGUUUUUAUUAAAAGGCUUUGCGGUAAACUUGUGAGAUUAAGUACCAGGUUCGACAACGAAUUCUUUGAGCGCUUAUCAAAUAAUACGCUAUCAACACAGCAUACAUCCACAUUAAGUGUUGAGGAGUUUUCGCAAAGCUUUUUUACAAGUUUUGCCACUCAAGUUCAAAGACAACAAGAUUUGAUUUUAUAAAAUAUCAUUACUACUGUACAC